AUGGUUGUGCAUUUUCGAGGUCUUCCAUUCCUUUUAGCUGUUGGUAAGAAUCAGCCGCUGAAACGCAGUGGCACACGGUGGUGUAGUUCCCAGCCUAUCUACUAUUCCCAAUUGAAGCAGAAACGUGAUGAGUUUUGGGAUACUGCACCGGCUUUUGAGGGACGCCAGGAGAUUUGGGAUGCUCUCCGCUCUGCUGCGGAGGCUGCGGAACGUGGUGACCACGAGAUGGCUCAGGCCAUCAUUGACAGCGCCAACAUAAUUCUUCCCACAGGUACGUUUACGCUCUUCUUGCUCCUCUACGCAUAG